GCCGGUAGCCUUCACAGCUGCUGCCACUCGCUAGCAGCACUUGGCCCAGCAGUCUGUUUAAGGCUACACGAUAUCACGAUGUCGCGAUAUCGCGAUAUCACGAUAUCACGAUACCGUGAUAUCGCGAUAUCACGAUACCGCGAUAUCGCGAUACCGCGUUUUCCUCUCGUAAGAGAUGGGCCUCCGUCACGUGGUGAAAUGGAGGACGUGGGUGCCAUGAUUGAUGAACGUCGAUAUAUGACACAUGGGGUUAAAUAAAGGAAAGUUGGUGACAAGGCGGGCGACUCUGAAUGAGGCUAAACACGGGGGCUGUGGACGCUUUCGACGACUGAUUGCCUCAUGCUCCUGCCAGCGAUUCACGGGACUCACUCGAUGUGUGACCCUUCCCCGUGGUGGCGGCAGGUACACGACAGGGAUACCAACGUCAGGGCAAGAUGAUGCUACUGUCUGCAAUCACGUUCACAGUCAUAACCGGUGGAUGGCGUCUUCACGUGUCGCCGAACGCGACGAGCUGGCGGCGAGCGCGAGACUACUGCCGGGAGGUGGGGGCAGAGCUGGCGGUCAUCCCCGGCCCGGUGGUCAACUCGAGACUCGCGUCGGCUCUCUCGGAGACCGAUGGGAAGUUCUGGAUCGGACUGCGGAAGGCGGGCGGCCUGCAGUGGAGAUGGAUCGACAAUUCCUCCGCCGACGGAUUCCUGAACUGGGCCCCGUCCGAACCGAACAACCUCGCCAGAGAAGACUGCGUCGAGAUGUACGUGGUGAGGGAAGGGGCCGGCCACGUGCCGGGGGACGACCACGUGACGAGGGAAGGGGCCGGCCACGUGCCGGGGGACGACCACGUGACGGUGCGCCACGCGAGGCACGGCCGCUGGAAUGACGAACACUGCGGCAAGAGGAAGCGAGCACUCUGCGUGAUAGGACCAGCCGACCCAACAGCUGCACCCACAACAGCCAAUCCCACAACAGCCAAUCCCACAACAGCCGAUCCUACAACAGCCGAUCCUAUAACAGCAGAAGAAACCACAACAGCCGAUCCUACAACAGCCAAAAAACCCACAACAGCCGAUCCUACAAUAGCCGAUCCUAUAACAGCAGAAGAAACCACAACAGCUGAUCCUACAACAGCCAAAAAACCCACAACAGCCGAUCCUACAAAAGCCAAAGAGCUCACAACAGCUGAUCCUAUAAUAGCAGAAGAACCCACAACCGCUGAUCCUACAACAGCCAAAAAACCCACAACAGCCGAUCCUAUAACAGCUGAUCCUAUAACAGCAGAAGAACCCACAACAGCCGAUCCUACAACAGCUGAUCCUAUAACAGCAGAAGAACCCACAACAGCUGAUCCUACAACAGCCGACUCGACUGUGUCUAUGGCAGAGCGAAGGAGGGCACGGGACAGGGCAGCAGCUCUGGGGGCAGCCGGAGUGCUCGCCUCGCUGGGGGCAGCGGCGCUGGCGCUGUGGAGGAGGAGGAAAGGCGCCUGUGACUUGGAGAGGCGUCGGGCGAGUGAUCGGCCACACAAUGAGACGUUCACGGAGCGAGGGGAGUGGAGGUCGUCACCACAGGAGCCCGGAGACUUGGUGUAGACGACGACUCGCUGAUGUUGAUGAGUCGCUGGCGAGCAUCGCGGAGCCUAGAGAUCUCACAGCGAGACAUCGCAGCUGAAGAAAUGAGACUGACCUGGGUUGUAACUUAGACUGAGUUCACACUCGGACUGUGUCCUACUUGACCCUCCCGCAGUUGAAGUCUCCCAGCCUUAGGGGUCGCAGGUUCGACUCCCAUACGGAACACUCAACCCAUACAGAACACUCGUCCCAUACAGAACCUUCGUCCCAUACAGAACCCUCGUCCCAUAGAGAACACUCAACCCAUACAGAACCUUCGUCCCAUACAGAACCCUCGUCCCAUAGAGAAUACUCAACCCAUACAGAAACCUCGUGCCAUACAGAACACUCAACCCAUACAGAACCUUCGUCCCAUACAGAACCUUCGUCCCAUACAGAACCCUCGUCCAAUACAGAACCCUCGUCCCAUACAGAACACUCAUCCCAUAACCAUACAGAACCCUAAUUUAAAAACUUGAACCGUUAAUAAAUCGUAAUAAUAAUGAAAUAGUAAUGUUGUAACAGAUAACUUGAAUAAUAUUUAAAGCAUUACAAUUCAUUGUAUAUUUAUUUAUCCUGUGAUGUGUAAAGGCGGUGGUGGUGGAGGUGGUGGUGGUG